GUGGAGUAGCUGGUUUGAGAAAGACUCACACACCCAGCAAUGCACACCUGACACACAGGGGAGGAGAAAUAGAGGGUUAAUUUACUGUUAAUUUAACAAACCUGAGGAAGGGAGGGACUGCAGCCUGUGGAAUAAUGAGGUCACUUUAGUGCGGGUGUUAUUCAGGUCACUUUGGAGGAGGCUUUGUAAGGAAAUGCAAAUGUUCUGAAAGAAAACUGAAGAGAGGUUGGCAGGAAGAGGAACACAUCUUCUCUCACUGGUCCGAUCAACAACAAUCUACUUAGCUCUCUGUUCACCAUGAAGCUGUAUGGAGCUUUGAUCCUGUUUGUGACUCUAUCUACAGCAUGUGGAUUGAGAUGCUACACAUGCAUUGCCGCAGACCCAAGAUCAUGCACAGACACCAAAUCUUGUGCAGUCAUCUUCGAUCGAUGUUUCUCUCUCCCAAUCGGCACUGACGUGAUCACCAAGGGCUGCCAAAACAGCCUGGUAUGUGUAGGUUCCAUGUCAUGCUGUGAAGGAGACCUGUGUAACAGUGCAGUGCCAACUGGUUCCAGUGUCCUCCUGCUGCUGGUAUCUUCAGCCCUCAUCACUCUCUUUCUCUAAGGCUCUGGGAUCCUCUUAUUUUAAUGCUGCACUUCUUGUGUCUGAACCAAUUUGUACCACUGCAGAUGAAUAAAAACAAUUAAGUUUCACUGGAAACUAUAUCUCAAAGUCAAUUACAUAAUCUUAUGCACAUGUUAAUCCUUUGCUUUCACUCAUGGAUUGAAUAAAAAGAGCUGGCUAUACAAUGAAAAUCAA